UCUGAAUACACCUCAAACAAAUUGCAACAGAAAAUAUUAUUAUUGCAGAAGAUAAAGUAAGGAAUAAUAUAAAACAUAUAAAAAGUCUAGAAAAAUCUAAGUUGCGGAAACAGUAAAAAAACGGGUUUGUAUUACGAUAUUUUCGAAAUUUUUGGAAAGACGGGAACGGCUUGCCAUAUGUGAUAAAGCGUCUCCAAAACACAGACGAGCGUCUGCAAAAACGACGACAACAACAACAUCAAAUGUAAACAAACUACCUUUAGGCAGAAAAACUAGCUCAACAAUGGGUUAGACUAAGGACCUUUCAGCUCAUUCUGUUGUGUAAUAUACGCAGUUUUCAAAACUAUGCAGGCUUGAAGCACGAGUGCGUUGCCAAUAUAUCAACUCCGCCACUCCUGAUCUGGUUGAAUCUUUAGAGAAUACUAUUAGUUUCAGAUACAUGUUGUAAAUAGAAGAGUAGAAAGCAAAAUGGCGUGACUGAUUAUUCCCGAUUUGAAUGAAAGAAGAUGGACUCCUGCAAGAUUUGCCAUCAACAGAUCGAAGGCCAAGCAAAGGCGGUAAAGCUAAGUCAAAAGGGCUGUGAUGGUAUAAAUGAUGCUUGUGAUAAACGAAAUGACAGUUUACAUGUUAAACCUGGUGACUAUGUUCAUGUUGAGUGCAGAAAACAUUAUUGUAAUCCAAAUUGUAUAAAACGUGACACUAGGGAAUGCAAAGUAAUUAAUGAUUCACCAUUGUCACCUCUGAGAUCGAAAAAUGUUAAAUUUUCAUACAAAGAACAUUGUCUGUAUUGUGGGCAACCUGUUGCUGAUGUUAAGGGAACAAAACGAAAGCGGGGUGAUGUAUGGCCAAUAACGACAUUAGAGCCAACAAUUCUGAAUGUAUGUUUAAAAAGAAAUGAUAGUUGGUCAGACACGGUUAAGGCCAGGAUAGAACAGGUCAGUGAUUUGCCUGCAGCCGAUGCAGUGUACCAUCAAAUAUGUUCUUCUAAUUUUAGAACUGGUAAAAAUAUACCAGAGGAAUUUCAGAUACAGCCACCCAGCUCGAAUAGGCGUAAACCUGGUCGACCAGAAGAUGAACAAGCGCACAACGCAUUUUUGGAGGUCAUGCAAUACCUGAAAGAAAAUGACGAUGAACAAGUGACAAUAAAACAAUUACAAGAUAAAAUGGUGGAAUUGUGUGGCGAUAAAGCAUAUAGCAUUACUUAUCUCAAGCAAAAAUUAAUUCAACACUUUGGUGAAGCUGCUAUAAUCACUGAGAUAAAUGGAAAAGCAAAUGCUGUAACUCUCAGACGAACUGCGUCAUCAAUUUUGCAUGAUUUCUACCGUCAUGAAAAAUCUGGAAAUACAGAAAGUGAAAAACUGAAACUUAUAAAAACUGCCGCAAAAUUGAUAAAGAGUGACAUAAAAUCAAAAGAAGUCGAUAAAACUUUAUAUCCCGAUUCACUAAGUAUAGAAGCACGUGAAGCAAAUAAAGAGUUUUUACCUGACAGCCUUUAUCUACUGUUACGUGUGUUAUUCAAUGAAAAAGAUGCAGAUGAAAAAAUAAGCGCUAUAGGUCAUGCAAUAAUGCAAGGAACGCGACCAAGAGCAAUAAUUGCCCCCUUACAAUUUGGGCUCGCAGUGUCGGCACAUCAUCUUACAGGUUCAAAGUAUAUUGUAGAGCUCUUGAACAGUAUUGGCUUUUGUAUUUCAUACACAGAAGUCGAACUGUUUGAGAAAAAUGCUGCUAUAUCUGGCAAUGGUGAUAUAGAACAGGAUAGCGAUUCAGAUAGUCCGUUUAUACAGUACGUUGCUGACAACGUGGAUCAUAAUUUGUGUACCAUAGACGGGCAUGGAACAUUUCACGGCAUGGGGAUGAUUGCUUGCGUCACCCCAGGGAAGUUUGGUAAUAAACCAGUAAAGCGCCAGGUUGUGUCCUCAGACGAACUUUUGGCAGCAGGAAAAGUAGAAAUUUCCUACUACCGACCACCACCAGCAGACGAACGCACGCCGUUACAAUUAGAAGAAUUGGUUAAAUGGACCCCAUCAGACUGCACUGCCAGAUUAACUCUGCUUGCGCAGAUCACAUGGCCCUUACGAUGUCAAGGACCUGAAUGGUCCGGAUUUAUGCAAAUGGUGAGACAAGGUGAAUAUCCUGGGAAAUCUUCGGUUGUAUUUUUGCCAAUGAUAGAUAUGUCACCAGGGGAUAUGUCGUGUAUUUACACAACGUUACAGUACAUUGGGCAUCAUGCCAAGCGAUACAAUCAAACGGCCAUUGUAACAUUUGAUCAGCCAUUGUACUGGAAAGCUAUGACUGUGGUAGCAAAUGAAAACACUAAUAGCCCUCUUAAAGCAAUUUUGGUACGACUUGGUGGUUUUCAUUGUAUCAUGAGCUUCUUAGGAUGCAUUGGUCAGUUGAUGUCAGGCUCUGGUUUAAGUGAACUGUUGGAAACAAUAUAUGCAUCAAAUACUAUCCCACACAUGAUGAGCGGAAAAGCAGUUUCAAGAGCGGUGAGAGCUCACUUUCUAGCAAGCAAUGCAUUGAAUGUUCUGCUAAUGCGGCAAUAUUUUGGAACUCAGUAUGACGCAGUGACAACACACGACGAGACAGAAAAGAACCAUGAAGAAAUACUGACCCAUGAAGACAGCAACAUGCAACAGGAAGAAAUGAUGACCCAUAAAGACCCAGAGAUGACGUCUGAAGAAAUUAUGACACACGAAGACACCAAGAAUUCUAAAGAAAUGAUGAAACAAGAAGUCACCGAAAUGUCUGAAGAAAUGAUGAAAAUUGAAAGCACAGAAAGGUCUGAAGAAGUGAUGACACAUGAAUACACGGAAAAAUGUGAAGAAGUAAUGACAUAUAAAGACACAAAGAAGUCUGAAGGAAUGGAGACACACGAAGGAAGCUACAUGCAUCAUGAAGAAAUGAUAACACAUGAAGACACUGAUAGACAGUUUGAUAGGAUAGAUGUCAGUUUGACAGAUGCUUCUACAGUAGGAAACAUAAACAUGUCAAAUACACAUUCAAUACAGUCAGAUUUGAACAACAAUAUGAUGGAAAAUAACGCGGCUCCAGUUCAUCUUAAUAUGAAAAACCUAGUAAGAUAUUACGAGCAACUUGUAUCUGGAAAUACCAGUGUAGACACUGUCUAUCAGAAUGAGCUUCUGGAUUACGUAGAAAGAGAGUGCAUGCAGAUUAGACAAGACAUUAAGAAAUACCCAACCGCUGCUUUAUGGAUUCAAUAUUUAGAAAUGACUGAUAUACUGCAAAAAUUCAUUGCGGCUGAAAGAACUGGAUUCUGGGAACUUGGUUUGCAGGCUAUGCAGGAAAUGUUACCCUAUUUUGCUGCGGCCGGACAUAAUCUGUACUUGAAGUCUGUCUAUUUAUACCUACAGACAAUGCAGAACCUUCAUGAAAGUCAUCCAGAUGUACACAAGGCUUUCCUUUAA